AUGUUACCUAAGCUAUUCACUUCCGUGUUCUUCUUUCCACUAGUCCUGGGAGGCGUUUCUACUCCUCCUCCAACUCAGGAACUCGUGAGGCGCGCUCUGACACCUCCGUCAGAGGAUCCCUUCUACCAGGCCCCAGCCGGGUACGAAAAUGCCUCUCCCGGAGAUAUCUUGGCGUCUCGCAAGGCACCAGCCAAGCUUGCAGCCUUCCAGACGAUCCCCCUGACCGUCAAGGAGGUGUGGCAGGUCUCUUACAGAAGCACUGACGCCUUGGGAAACCCACAGGCCUCCGUGAGCACUAUUAUUAUUCCUUACAACGCCGACUUUUCGAAGGUCGUCUCCUACCAGAUCGCCGAAGAUGCGGCGUACAUCAAUUGCGCUCCUUCGUAUGUCUUGCAGACAGGCUCCAACACGGCUUACGCUGGCACAGGCAGCAUAGAGGUUCUCCUUAUGGCUGGGGCCCUUAAGCAGGGCUGGGUCGUGAGCACUCCUGACUGGGAGGGCCCUCAAUCUAGCUUCAUCGAAGGAUUCCAAGCGGCGUACUCCACUCUAGACUCCAUUCGCGCCGCCUUAAAAUCUACCACCUUCACUGGCGUCAAACCAAGCGCGGAUGUACAAAUGUGGGGUUAUUCCGGAGGUGCUCUUGCAUCGGAGUGGGCUGCGGAGCUACAGGCUUCUUAUGCCCCAGAGCUCAACAUUAUCGGCAUGGCGAUUGGUGGCACUACGCCAAAUGUUCAGAACGUCUACAACACCAUCAACAACGGUCUUUUUGCCGGCCUUAGCUUCGCAGCUCUCGGAAGCCUCACCAAGAUCUUUCCAGAUUUCAAGAAUGCAAUUGAUGCUCAACUGGUCCCUGGAAAAGCAAACGACUUCUAUGCGUCUCUUGAACGCUGCUUCUACGACGAUGUCGUGAGCUACGCGUUUCAGAACACAUCUACCUACUUCAAGACAGACAUCGUGAAGGAUCCCAUUGUUGCUCGCUACUUGAACGACCACUGCAACCAGGGCUUCCACGGCGUCCCAAGCAUGCCAGUCUUCUGGUACAAGGCGCAGAACGACGAGAUCUCUCCCAUUGCUGAUUCAGAUGCCCUUGUUCAGAAGUACUGUAAUGCCGGCGUGUCCAUCACCUACGUUCGGGAGGCGGCUGGUGAGCACUUCACCGAGGCAGCCCUCAGUAUUGGCGAUGUCCUCAAUUUCCUCAAGGCCCGUUUUAACGGCGUCCCCAUCUCCGGGUGCACAACCAGAAGCGUGUUCCUGAGCCCCUUAUCAGACCCAGCAACUGCUACGACGGCUGGCUUAUUUAUCAUCAGUACCCUACUCGCAAUCAUUGGCGUUCCGAUUGGCCCGAAUCACUUCUAG